UUCUUUCAGAGAAAACAACAAAGAAAAACACAUAUCUUCAAAAUAAAAAUAUAAAAAAAAAAUCCACAGAUUUUUUCUCCUCUUUUUCUACUUUCCUGUUAUUCAUAAACCCACCAUUGAAGAUCAAUAACAACAAAACAUAAAAAAAAAAAAAAAUUAAAUUUGUAGAAUGAAUGAAUGAUGGUUUUUUUUUAUGCAGGAUGCAGAAUGACUCCUGUUUCGGUUUGGAAGAUUAACACCCCUAAUAGUAAAUACUACAAAUAGUACUUACUAUACAGAAUGCGCGCCACAUAAAAAUCGCGCACAUCCCAAUACUACUACCUCCAGUUGUUCGAUUCAUUCCAGAACUUCACUAAUUCCGAGGCCGAUUUUGCUAACAUACGCUUGCUUCUUUCAUUUCCUUCUCCUUCAUAUAUCCUCCAUAACCCUUCAUUUCCAACUCCUCUGAUAAAACGAAGUCGUUUUCAGGAGAGAGAAAAUUCAAAAAUUAUGGACCCAUGUCCGUUCGUCCGGCUAACCGUCGGAAACCUAGCAUUAAAACUUCCAGUACCAACAAAACCAGCAAGAACAGUAAUCCACCCAACAUCAAGCCCAUGUUUUUGUAAAAUAAAACUAAAAGGUUUCCCAACUCACACCGCUGUAAUCCCUUACAUUCCGCCGGAAAACACGAAUUCCGACGCAACAAACCACCCUUACCCUCAACCAAUAGCGGCGACUUUUCAUUUAAGCGUCGAAGAUUUAAACAAGUUGUUAAAGAAGUCUAUUUUCGGUGGAAGUUUGGUUUUGAAGAUAUCUAUAUUUACUGGGAGAAUUGGUGGUUCUUGUGGGGUAAAAAAAUCUGGGAGAUUAUUGGGGAAAGUUACAGUACCUUUGGAUCUUAAAGGAAGUGAAAUUAAAGGAGUUGUUUUUUAUAAUGGAUGGAUUUGUAUUGGUAAAGAGAGUAAAGAUGAAUCAUGUGUUUCACAAUUUCAUCUUAAUGUAAGAGCUGAUCCUGAUCCUAGAUUUGUAUUUCAGUUUGAUGGUGAACCUGAGUGUAGUCCUCAAGUUUUGAUGAUCAAAGGGAAUAUUCGUCAACCGGUUUUUACUUGUAAUUUUAGUUUUCGGAGUAAUACUUCUUCUAAUCAUCAUCGACGUUCUAGAUCAUCAGAGCAAGGAAGUGGAAGAGGGUGGUUGAGCACGUUUGGGAGCGAAAGAGAGAGACCAGGAAAAGAGAGAAAAGGGUGGUCAAUUACGGUUCAUGACUUAUCCGGUUCACCAGUAGCAGCGGCGUCAAUGGUAACACCAUUCGUAGCAUCACCUGGUUCAGACCGAGUAAGCCGGUCUAACCCAGGUUCAUGGUUGAUCCUAAGACCGGGUGAGGGGACGUGGAAGCCGUGGGGCCGGCUCGAGGCGUGGAGAGAAAGAGGAGCCAAUGAUGGGCUAGGGUAUAAGUUCGAGCUCAUAUCCGAUAUGAACGCCAAUGUAGGAGUUGUGCUAGCCGAGUCUACACUAAACACUUCUAAAGGCGGGAAGUUUUCAAUUGACUUGGGCUGCGCCCAAUUCAAUAAUAGUAAUAGUAAUAGUAAUGCGAGUGGUUCAAACAGAGGGACUCGUUCCCCCGGAUGUAGUCCAAGAAGAGGAGGUAGUGGGGAUUUUGGGACGAGUUUGUGGCCAUACAAUGCUUACAGAGGGUUUGUGAUGGCGGCGCGUGUAGAAGGGGAAGGCAAGUGUAGUAAGCCGACUGUGGAGGUGAGUGUGCAGCACGUCAGUUGCACGGAAGAUGUUGCGGCAUAUGUGGCAUUGGCUGCUGCUGUUGAUCUGAGCAUUGACGCUUGUAGGCUUUUCUCUCAGAAGCUGAGGAAGGAGCUUUGCCAGAAUAAUGAUCAGGGUAGCUGACACUAUUUGUUUUUUUGGGUUAAUUUUGCUUCUAUUUUUCUCAAGUUUUGGGUAAUUUUUAGUGAGUGAUGAAGUUUGUACUCCGUCGACUUUUUUAGAUGGUUUAGUACUAUUAUUAGCAACUACUAACCAGAUUAAGGGUGGGGGGGGGGGGGAACUGUGUAUAGUAGGGUGUAGAUUUCAGCAGCCAAAUACUCCUAGUAGGGAGGGUAAAUCUAUUUUACCACUUUAUUUUAUGUGUGGCUUGUAUAAGAUCUUUGUGUUUUUUACUUAAAAACAGUGUAAGAUCGAGUUUUGAACUUUUAAUAUUGUUAGCUUAUAACUCAACUUAGCUUAAAAUUCAACAUGAGUUCGGAAAAUAGAAAUCAAAUUUAAUGACAUGUAAUGUUUAUCUUGUUAA